AUGGGCAUGGGCUUCUUUCAAAUGAGCAAUGGACAGAUGCUGCAGAGUGGAUGCUCCCUGGUCCAUCAUGUGCUUGUCAACAGCUCCAACUCCUCCUGUUACACGUUCAUCCUGGCAGGCAUCCUGGGGCUGGAGGUUUCCCACAUCUGGCUCUCCAUCCCUUUCACUUGCAUUUACAUUGCAUCCCUUGUGGGGAACCUCUUUGUCAUUGGGACUGAUCCGAGCCUCCAUGAGCCCAUGUACCCAUUCUUAUCCAUGCUAGCCAUCACCAGUUUGGGUUUCUCUCUGUCUACAACGUCAACUGUGAUGAGUGUAUUCUGGGUCAACUACAGGGAAAUCAGUUUUGAUGCCCAUUUUGCUCAGCUUUAUUUUGUUCAUUCGUUCUCCUUCAUGGAAUCCUCAGUACUUCUGGCCAUGGCCUUUGAUCAUUAUGCGGCCAUCUGCUACCUGCUGAGAUACUCCUCCAUCCUCACCAGUGCCAGGGUAGCCAAGAUUGGGCUGGCUGUUCUCUGCAGAAGUCCCUUAGGAGUGCUGCCAUCACUCUUCUUGCCGAGAAGGUGGCCCUUCUGCCAGUCCCAUGUGAUCUCUCACACCUACUGCCUGCAUCAGGACCUGAUCGAGCUGGUAUGUGCAGACAUCACAUUCGAUAACACGUACAGGUUAGCUGUGGUCAUCCUCAUAGUGGUACUAGACGCAUUGCUCAUUAUUUUGUCAUAUAUUAUGAUUUGUAAGACAAUUGCAAGCAUCGCAUCCCAGAGGGACCAUCUCAAGGCUCUGAACAACUGCCGGUCCCAUAUCCUGGCAAUCCUGAUCCUGUACAUCCCGACUGGCUUGCCCAUGGUUCACCAUUUCAGCAAGCAUGCUUCCCCUCUCAUUCACGUCCUCCUGGCCAACAUCUACCUGCUGGUUCCUGCCAUGCUGAACCCCAUCAUCUACAGCAUAAAAAACAAACAGAUCCGUGGGGUCAUCCGCAAGGUCCUCAUGCCAAGAAAGAGCUUCUCCCCAUGGCACCACAGCACAUCAAGUACUUUUGCUAACUGCCCACCAUAA